ACCAGUCGAGACAGAUGGUGUAGUUUCGCUUAAGGUUUCUAUUAGAAAAUGGCAGGUUAAAUAUCAGGAUAUGGCUAUAACUCUUAUCCUGCUUGUGCUGUUCGUUCCAGCAGUUACUUCGAAGGGUUCACAUUCUCUGAGUUUGCAUGCAACAUACAUUAAAGGAAACACAUUAUUUCCUGAAUAUAGUUACACGCUUAUGUUGGAUGAUGUUGUAUUAGGACUCUUUAAUUCAAAGACAUGGACAUAUGUUCCAAGAGGAAAUACUACGGAUGAAGAUAAUGUGAUUGACCCACAACAUCUCCACACCGUUAGUAAAAAUAUGUAUGAUGAUUUUGUGGAGAGGUGGAUUGUGAUGGACGGGGGUAACCUUACUGGCAGUCUUCAGGUUCAUCAAAAGAUGGUUCUGUGUGAAUUGUUAAACAAUGACAAGCCAGGACAAAUGAUGACCAGGAGUGCUUCCAAGGGCCUCACCACAGAUGAACUCUGUUAUCUUGAUGGCAAAUUUUAUUAUCAAGGAACUUCGUAUGUCACACAGCAGGAGCUCGAACCUUAUCUGGAACUGUCCAAGUUCUUUCAUGAGAAUGUGUACUACCCAGCUUGCAUAAACACACUGAAAAAUUACCUCAAGAAGAGAGGAAAUCAAGUCAACAGGAAAGUAAAACCCAGAUUUAAAUUAAUCCAGAAAGCAAAGUUAGAUGGAGAGUCUCGUGUGAGUUGUUUGGCAACAGGAUUUUACCCUCGCCACAUCAACCUGACCCUGUUCAGAGACGGGCAGCCUGUAUCUGAUCAUGAGAUCACUGGAGGAGAUCUGCUGCCCAACGAUGACGGGACGUACCAGAUGAGGAAGAGUCUGGAGAUCAGCAGAGCAGACACACACACAUACACCUGCUCUGUCACACACCUCAGCCUGGACAACAAACUGGACAUUUAUUUAGAAUUUGACCAUAGUGAACCGUUUAAAUCAUUGAUUCCAUCAGUGCUGAUAGUUUUGGCUCUCGUUUUGGUGUUUGGGACUGGACUCAUCAUAUAUAAAUGCAGAAGGAGACGAGCAGUUAUAGCUUCCAUUAAGAAUGAUUAUUCUUCUGCUUGUACAUCUGAAGAAAACAUGGAUGCAGCAUCUUGAAAUUAAUGUCAAUUCUACGAAGCUAUUUUUUUUCUUCAAUAUUUUACUGUAGAUUCAUACAAAAGUUUUGUGCAGUCAUCAUUUAAAUGUUUUGUGUCUUAAAUUUGUAGAAUUGUUUUUUUUUGAGUUCUACAACCUUACCAAUGUCAGAACUAUGGACGUGUCUGUAGCUGUGUCCAAAUUCAGGGUCUACAUCCUUCGGAGGACGCAUUUGAAGGAUGUUACGUCACAGCGCCGCGACGAAGGCUGU